GUAGCUACCAUUUGUGGCCUUAUUCCGUGUUAAUCCAAUAUUGUCUGCCCUCUACCAACACAAUAACCCAAUUUAAUAGUUUUAUUACACUUGGACAAGUGAGCAGCUGACUUGUGAAGUUGAAACAGGUUGAACCACCUGCUGAAGUCAACACAACACUUCCCGGUUGUCAUCCUGUUGAGUUAUGUGUCCUCACCUGAGAGUAAACACUUGCCAACAUAUCAGCAUGUCAUCACCUGACAAGUGUUCUUAGCUCAUUCUCUUAAGGUGUGCUGGCACGCGGGUUUUUUGACAAGGGAGAUUAAAAAAAAGCCCCAACCUGUACAGCGCAUGACAUUCCAUCAACAGGAAACAAAAGACCAAAUCAAAGACCAAACCAAGUUUCCAUCAUGCCAUCUGGGUCCAAAUAAUCUGACUUAAUUUUUCUGUAAUCUCCUGUUAGAACGACGCCCAAACAAAUCCAUUGUCUGUUAGCCCACAUCUUCUCAAAUAGUGAGCGGGUCAGCUAGUGCCUGCAACUCAUACAGUGGUUUGUACACAUGAGUAUCAGGUUCUCAAUCAUACUUCAAAAUGGGUGGGUGUGAAAAAAAAUUGUGGGGGCAUGACAGAAAAUGGAGAACCAUGGGACUAUUUAUUUACGUGCAAUGUCAUGCGAAAACGGGCUAAAUUUUUUUGCAAGAUUUUAAACAAAACUGACUUUUGCAUGUGCUAGCUUUAGGGGAUGCUUCGCUUGCAUUCAAAGCCAGUGUGCUAAGACAAGUUGCUGUUUGACGCGGCGUGAGGCUGUUGAUAAAGUUGUCACACAAAAGAGACUUACUUGCAAGAGAUAAUGGUUAACUUUUUAAGCACAAUCAGUCAACAGGAAUGCCCUUACAUUGGCUUUAGGCUUAGUUCCUGCUUAAAAAACCUCAAACAUUUACAAAUGAAGGGAGCAGCAAAUAUAUCAGCUGUCAUGAAUGUAGACAAGUUACAAAAGCAGGAUUGUGAUUGAAGCAGCGUGAGGUGGCAUUUAUUCCAUUCAUCAUAGAAAGGCUCCAGGAUUUGAUCGGGGAUCUUUGAUGUUUCUGUAUCUGUAAGCCAGCCAAACUCCAAGCAUCUGCAAAGCAACAGCAAGGUUAUUGCCAGAAAACGUUUAAAAACAUGGUUUCCAUAUCAACAGCCUGACCUCUGUGAAACUGAAGAAGAGUCCGAUACCUCCGACAAACCGCAGCACAUCCCCCGCGUACUUCUCAAUGACACUGGCGCACGCGUCGCACGAUAAUGGCGGCUCAUGGCUAAAACAGCUCUACAGGGCGGAGGGGGGGGAAAAUCAUAUGUUUGAGAAAACUUGGAAGCCAUUUUCUCACUGCUACUGAAAAAAGAUGCUAGUAUUGAUCCAAGAGAUCUAUCAGUGAGGAAAAGGUUAUAAAGCCAUUUCUAAAGCUUCGGGACUCCAGCCAACCACAGUAAGAGCCAUUAUCCACAAAUGGUGAAAACAUGGAACAGCGGUGAACCUUCCCAGUAGUGGCCGGCUAACCAAAAUGACCUCGAGUGCGCAGCGACAACUCAUCGAAGAGGUCACAAAAGACCCCACAACAACAUCCAAACAACUGCCAGUCUCACUUGCCUCAGUUCAGGUCAGUGUUCAUGACUCCACCGUAAGAAAGGCACUGGGCAAAAACGACCUGCAUGGCAGAGUUCCAAGGCCAAAACCACUGAUGAACAAAAAGAACAUUAAGGCUCCUCUCAAUUUUGCCAGAAAACAUCUUGAUGAUCCCCAAGACCUUUGGAAAAAAUACUCUGUGGUCUGACGAGACAAAAGUUGAACUUUUGGGAAGGUGUGUGUCCCAUUAACUGUGGCGUAAAAGUAACGCCGUAUUUCAGAAAAAGAACAUCAUAGCAACAGUAAAAUAUUUUGGUGGUAGUGUGAUGGUCUGGGGAUGUUUUGCUGCUUCAGGACCUGGAAGACUUGCUGUGAUAACUGGAAGCAUGAAUUCUGCUGAAGGAGAAUGUCCGGCCAUCUGUUGGUGACCUCAAGCUGAAAGCAACUUGGGUUCUGCAGCAGGACAAUGAUCCAAAACACACCAGCAAGUCCACCUCUGAAUGGCUGAAGACUUUGGAGUGGCCUAGUCCAAGUCCUGACCUGAAUCCUAUUGAGAUGCUGUGGCAUGACCUUAAAAAGGUGCUUCAUGCUGGAAAAGCCUCAAGUGUGGCUGAAUGACAACAAUUCUGCAAAAUUCCUCCACAGCGCUGGAAGAGACUCAUUGCAAGUUAUCACAAACGCUUGAUUGUAGUUGUGGCUAAGGGUAUAAGGGUACCCAAUAGUUUUUUUUAUUUAAAUACUUGACCUGAGAACUUCCAUGCUUCUAAAAAAAUAAGCUGUUUAAUGUUUUAAAUAAAUUCUGCUGCUUAUGUGUUGACUUGUGAGCGUGCAGUGUAGUUCUCUUACAGCAGCACAGGAGGCGUUGUAGUUGACGUAGGAGAAUCCACAGCAGUUGAGGGUCUUUUCCACAUCCUUCUGCGUGGACUCUGACUUGUUCCAUCCGACCUCCAAAAGGUGAUUCUUUGUAGGACACAAGUAAGCGGUCGUCGGCCGUCACCGUCUUUUAAAAAGAACAGCGCUGGUUUCAGUGAGGGAGGACGUACCUGCUGGUCUUUAUUGAGGGCCAAACAGGCACAGGACACAACCAGCUGCACCACAAACACCAAGAAGAGGAUGAUCAUGUACUGGGGCAUGGGUUGAGGACACAGGAACAAGAGCUAGCUGACAAACAAGGAGAGCGGUGUAGAAAAAGGAUACAAAGAAGAGGAGGACCUGGUGGUGCCUCAGGGCGCCACACAGGCCCACGAAGGCCACCACAAACAGGAAGAUGCCCACGCCGAUGACCACCGCCACCACGCGGAUGCUGGAGACCAAGUCGAACCAUUUCCCCCACGCCGCCGCGCCCACCAGCAGCAGGCUCACCAGCUAAGGUAGGAACAUUUCACAAAAUGGAAGUGGAGCCUCGGUUAGUGCUUUCUUCAUCAAACGCUGGCAGUUGCAACUUUCUUUGGCUCCAUUUUGGGUUAUUGAGGUGACAAACUAUACCUUUAAGAAAUAACAUUCAUCGUUUAUACAUAUAUACAAUAAUCCCUGAUUUAUCGUGGUUAAUUGGUUCCAGACCGUGAUAAGUGAAUUUACGCCAAGUAGGAUUCCUUAUUUAUAAAUGGAAUAUUUUUAUAGUUAAAGCAUAGAAAGCCUGUUUACAACCUUAUAAAUACAGGUUUUUCAAUAUUAUUGGAGCCCCCUAGACAUGAAAUAACACCCCCAUAGUCACCUUUACACUUAUAUUACCCAAUAUAGUUGAUGAGAAAAUAUGCCAUUUAAAACACAACUUGUGCUUGUGUGUUACUAUAAACGUGUUCCUUAGGGGACCUCAAAGAGAGGCGGGCAGGAAGUGACAACAGGAGUUCAGAGUUGAGUUUGAGUUUCAGCUUUGGUGGGUGACGGCCGCAACAGUAGCCCAUGCUUUUGUUAGGGAUUACUGCUCCUGUCGUGAGAUCAUUCAAACCUGCAACGAAAGCCUGUUACGGUGAUCAAGUCUGGCGCUUGUGUGUCUCACCCAACAUUACAGUAACAUUACUGACACCUAGUGACCAGUGUAGAAUACUACAUAUCACAAUGUCUUUGAAUGCGCCAUGUUAAUGCCUUAUAUUUGUGUUUUAGCUCAUUUAGUCAUUUUUAUGCUUGGAAAUGCUUAUCUUUCUGGCUUUCUAGAACAGAUUAAUUGGAUUUGCAUUGUUUCUUAUUCGGUUAGUGUACGUUUCAGUUCGUGAGACCUCCUUGGAUUAAAGUUGCAACCCAAGGUUCCACUGUACUUUGACCGUCCCGUGUGGCUAAAUAAUGCAACUUCAUACCUCUAAACGUAAUUCUCAUGUUCUGAAAGUAUAAAUCUAAGCUAAUAAAAAGACAAAUUAUGACAAAAAUGCAAUGUCUAAAGUCUUAGUGCAGACUGUUUCAAGUAUAUAUCCAUAUUAGAAGAAAUGGUACUCAAUUACACAUACUUAGGGCUUAAAACUGUUCAUUCAAAAGACUACUGUCCUUCCAGCUCAAGUAAAAAUGAAAGCACGUCUUCCUACGAAACCUACCAACUGCAACUACACACGUUUUCAUUUUACACAGAAAUAGACAGCAGGAGAAAUAAUCCAAUCAAUUACCUUACUUAAAAUACAUGCUUUGUCACAGCUUGGAUCUUGGCUGAAAAGAGGUCAACAUCCUACUUUCAAAAAACGACAGGACGUUUCACACAAACACAUCUACAAAAACUAAUCAGUGUCGUAAAGAUCUGUUAUGUCUCCAACGCAAGGGGGAAGGUGACUUAUUUCUAAAGUCUUUAGCUACAUUCUGAACAGCAAAAACAGCAAAUACAUCACAGCGGUGUGAUGUAUUCCAUUGUAAUUUAUAUGCUUGUUCCAAUUAAAUUAAACCAUUACCAAUGAAAGGUGUACUUACCACAUAGAGUAAAUUUAGUGCGCAAAGUGAAUUUUUGGUGCAAAUGAAUCCUCCACAAACCAUUUCUGCGAUCAGGAGACCGUCCGUCACACAAUGAAGACUUGUUCACCUGUAUAUUUUUUUUUUAACCUGGUCAGGUGCGUGGCCAUACUUCCGGUUUGAGAUGACACGCGACAUAGUUUCCUGUCGUUUUAUAAAUUCAUUUUUGUGAACCAAUCAUUCUAAAUGGCUUCUGGUUGCAAAAUGUUUUAAAAGUCGGGGGUUUUAUUGUGCGUCUUGAUCUUCGAUUUCCUGUUUCAUUUUGAGAAAGACAGAUGUAAUGUUGUCGAACAGCGCCCUCGUGUGGCCGCGAACAAGUAGCGGACUGCUCGCAAUGUGAUUUCACGUGGGAAUUUAGCACUUCUUUGUACUAAUCACGAAAAACAAAUGUUGUUAAAUUAGGACUGUUGUACCAUUUGGAUUCUUUGCCAAACGUUUUAGUAGUGUAGCGUCAGGAGUAUUGUGUAGUUCUGAGCUGCUAUUCAGGGUAUGGGCUGCCGGGGGCAGUAAGUAAAGUACAUGAUAAGUUAGAGCGACAACGUGCCUUGUUAGUUGUACAACAAGACACAUAGGAAGUGUUUGCAUCUGCUGUACGGUUGUUGUUGUUUUUUACUUUUGUUAGACGCGGUUUUCACCGCGAAAGAAAGGGACAGUUUAUGUUAUUGUUAGCUAUUUUUUGUGACGCCCUCAUUUUGUAUCCCACAGAAUGUGUUAUUUUGAAGGCCGGAAGUACUGUUGUGUGUGUUGGGGUCACGUGAUAGAAGCAGUGUUGCCGAUUUGGCGGUUUUGUAGCAACAUCUGGCGACAUUCCAACCCCACUUGAUGACAUGUUUUCUCAAAAGCGGCUAGCGACAAAUCUAGCGACUUUUUCUGGCGUCGUUGGGGUGUUUUCUGGUGAAAGCACGUAUUGUUUUGCAUUUUUGUGUUCUCACUAAGCAACAGCGGGUGCCGUUGGCAGGUGAGCCCCGCCCAAAGGCAGUCACAAGCCAGCAGUGGCGCUUCCCCGGCACACUGCCUGGAUAAAAGAGGGGGAUAUUUUAUAAUUAGUGUAUUGCUACUUGUUAUUUGUAAAAUGAAGUGGAUUAUUUUACAAUUCUUGCGGUAAAUGUUAGUUAAUUGAUAAACUAACUGAUAAACUGCUAUUACAUACAUUCACCAGAAGAGUGUGCUGCUCGGGAACCACACUUGAGUCAUGUUAAUGUGAGCCAUAGAAUAAACACACAAAUAAUCUCCUAUUCACUGUUCAAUUGUGCUAAUUUGAAGAGUUCUCUUUAGCCUUUGUAAUGAAGGUGUUUUUUUUACACACCUUUUUGUCUACGAGGUUGUGCUUUUUUCCUAUAGCAUUUUACAACAUUAAAUUCAAAAUAGACGAUGGUGUCAUCCAGCGACUUCUAGGACAGCCGAUAGCUACUUUUCGUACUGCAAAGUUGGCAACAGUGGCUGCAUGGUUGUUGUUUUUUUUUUCAGAAAAAAACUGUAGUUAGACGUGUUUUUGCAUCUGCCUGCAGAUUUAUUUAUUUACGUCAGGGACAAUUUAUGUUAUAAACAUUUUAAUGUAAAUUCUGUAUGCAAAAAUGAGCCAGUGGCUCAUUUCCAUCUUUAUUCCUUGACAGCAGGUUGAAGUUAAGAGCAUUUGACAUAAAAGAAAAGAAGAAGAAAAAACAGUCAUCAAUUAGGUAUAAAGGUGCACUUGACAUACCCGUGAGUUUGAUGAGACAUAAAAUGUGUUUCAAUGCUAAUAAAAGGCUGAGCCAUGCCAGUCGUUUAUUAUUCAGCCAAUAUCACAAUAUUGCUUAGUCUCGGUUAACUGUACAUAUUGGAAGGCACACACACAACCUUAAAAAUGUGUGGUCACAACAAUGAAAAAAGCCAAAUGUAUAUUUAUUUACCACUUUGUGAGUUUUUCCGAUGGAUGACAUGAGCCACUCGCCGCCAGGCUGCCAGAAGCAUCAAAUCAAACAUUCACCACUUGCGUUGUUUUGCAUCACACCCUCAAAAAGAAGAACUUACAGUUUUAAGUGUGUUCGUCCCACCCGCACUUUGGUUUCAUUUCUGGCCAAGAAGCACGAGCUCAAGCCGCAGCGGUUUGACGUUUUGGUGGCUGGGAUGAAGUGAAACACUUUUCGAUGAUGGCAGAAGAAGAGCUGAAUUAUGUGACAGUCAAGUUCAAGUCUCACAAUAGCCUCGGCGAUGCAGUCAUCUAUGAAGAUGUGAGGAGCAACUCGGGGCCAUGGGCACCACGUGAAGUCAUACAAGAGAAGCCCAGUGAUGUGGAGGAGAUCUACGAUGACGUGAGGACAAAGGAGAAGACGUGCGGUCUGCGACGCACCUUCCAAGACAAUGUGGAGAAGGUUGCUCUUCACACACCUCUAAACCUGGCGGCAGCGGGCCUGGGCAUCGUCUGCGUCAUCCUGAUGUCCGUCAUUGUCGCUCUCACCCUCCACUUGAACGGUGUCAUGUCGGCGCAGCAGCAAGAGAAUGCCAACCUGACAGCUGAGAACCAGCAGCUGUUGGCCCAGGUGGCCCAGCUGCAGGGGAGGGCUCAGGGGCUGACCAGAGAGCGAGACAGCCUCAACUGGACCAUGGGCGUCAUCCUGGAGUACAAUGUUUUUCCUGUGAUGAACCACUGCUCCAAAAAAGUUUUAGCGCUGUGUAAACCAUGCAUGGAAGGAUGGAAGCUGUUCCACUCCAAGUGCUACCUCUUCGUCCAGUCAGAAUAUUACUAUGACUGGAAGACCUGGCAGGGAAGCGUGGACGAAUGCAGGCAAAGAAACGCAGACCUGCUGAUGAUUCACUCCCAAGAAGAACAGGAGUUCGUCACAAACCACACGAGGAAAUACAACGACGACCGGCACGGUUACUGGAUGGGCCUGAGCAAGAACGAAAAGACGAACCAAUGGGAGUGGCUCCACGGAAGGAACCUGACAGUGAUGUAAGCACCCACGCGCAGCGAUCAUUCAUUCAUCCAUCCAUACAUUUGAAACCAAUUUAAUACAAAACAUGUCAGUUAUCAAUUUGUCUGUCCUGAAUAGGUUCUGGAGAGCCCAACAAUUCACCAGCAGAACCAACUGUGCUUUGACUCGGCCAUCCGACUCGCUGGUGAACUGGAGUAAAGAAAGCUGUGAGAUGAGGAAUCGCUUUAUUUGCCAAACCAACG